CAAAAUGUUAUAAAAGAUCUUAUUAAUCAAAAACAACGAUCGAUGCUUAAAUCUAACAUUCAGCAUGAAUCAACGCCAACAUUGAUAAAAUUGCUUCACAUUCUUCAUCAUUUAGGAUCUUUUCUAGGAAAUGACCCUCCGAGGCUUGUUAAUGUGGCUGCUGCUGCCGUACUUGAAAAUAAAAGGACUUGGUUUCGU